AUGUCUUCAAACUCAGAAAAUAACAGACUAAUUCAAGCUUCUGAAAUGUUCUUCCUUCAUGUACAAGAUCUUGUUUCCCUCACAAACACAUUUACUGAGUUUCUUAACCACAAUAUGAAUACUCAGAUCUCCUUGAUGGUUGUGAAAGAAGAUAGUACAAUUAAGAAUUUCUUUGAAGAAAUGCUUAAAAGUUUUAAGGAGAUGCAAUCUGUAGUAGAAGAAAAAUACAACAAAAUGCAAAAGGAACCUAUGUAUUCGAAGGUUGCAACAACUAUGUGUUCUAUGGCAGAGAAAUGUAUCAACCUGGAGUUGGAACGUUCAGCUAAAGAACUGUUUAAAAAUAUCCAGACACCAACCAUUGUCUCUGUGCUGAGCCAUAGUAACAUCCUUGAGAAUUUGGAAUCUUUUUUUUCACACUUGAUGGCAUUCCCCAUCAUGAGUCUUCAAUUAAGUGAUUUCUGUAAAGGAGACACCAAAGGGAAAUCAGAUGCUCCCACAUCUGAGAAAAACCUGAGUCCAGAUCGUUGCAAAUCCAUCUCAACAGAUGCCCUGAAGAAGUUGCAGGAUGCACUAAAAACUGAGAAUGCCAGCAAUCCCAUGGAGUCAGCAGCCGAUCAGCUGGAACAAAUCAUCAAGGCUAUGGAACCAACCAUACAGGUUCUCCAAAAAUCCAUAAAGACCCUGGAGACUGAUAUUUCUAUGCUUAAGAAAGUGAAUGACAAGUAGGGGUGCAAUAAAAGUUGCAUUCAUUUCCAUCAGAAAAAUAAAUUCAGAUUCCAUGAUUUUUUAUAGUACUUUCUAAGACCCUUUGAUACCAGACAUAUGAAGGUCAUUAGACCAUAAGUGCAGAAAGUAGUCAUCUGUAGUUUUGCUUCAUGAAAAUGAAAAUGGAUAGUCGAAGAAAGCCUACUUGAAAUGGCAUUCACUAAGGAGUAUGUGUUAUUGAAAAAACAUAGAAACAUAGUUGAGGAUAUUUCAUCUUGAAGCAUAAUUAAAACAACAAAACUAAUUUCCACAUUUGGCAAGUCUAUUUCCAGUUACUGUACUAUGAAGUUCAGGUAAACGUAAAUAUUGUCAUUAGUUCAGGCCUGGGGGGAACAUAAUUUGCCUCCAUUUUUGUU